CAUGCGACUAGCGAACUUUUAAGCCUUGAGUCUUGUGUAAAACGCACAUGCGCAGUUUAGUUUGUCCUCCGGCUGCCGUAGAAAAGCGAAAGCAUUGUGGACGAAAAUGUCAUAUGGGAAACUGGUGUCGCUGUGUGUCGGAGCUCCAGGUCUUACGGGCCUGUUUUGCGGCCCGGUGCUGGCUGCCAGUGAGGAGAAGAAGACCUCACAGUCUAUACUGAACCUUGACGAGUUGCCGUCAUUAUACACCAGACCUGAAGCACAGCCUCAGUAUGUGGAACCAGAGACGAUGCCCUUAGAGGAGAGCGUUGCAUCGCUGAGGAAAUGGGCCGAACCGUACACAAACCAGUGUCAGCAAAUGGGCCAGACUGCAAAGGAGAAAUUCGAGCAAGUAUACAAGACUAUGGAGCCCCCAGUCAACACAUCCAUAACAGCAGUCACAGAUGCAUACCAGUUCCUCAGUGACCCUCCUCCUCACCUCUACCCCAGUGUGGCGGUGGUGGGCUUCUCUGGUUUCCUGGGACUUUAUUUGGCCAAAGGCUCCAGGGUGAAGCGACUCAUAUUUCCUGUUGGACUCAUGGCUCUGAGUGCCUCCAUGUUUUACCCUCAGCAGGCCGCCUCCUUACUCAAGGUGAGCUGGGACUCGGCGUACACCUGGGCUCAGCAGGGCCGCGUCACCCUCGAGACUCUAUGGAAAGAGCAGCCGUUUGGUAAAAAGAAGAAGAAACAACAAACAGAGAGCAACGACACAGCGAGCUGAGAAGACGUGAAGACAAACACCUCUCCAUCCUGAGAGCCUUUCACCUCCCAGUAACACACACUCACACAAACACAACUCUUGUAGAUCAUCUCUCUGCAUUGUUCACACACAGCCACCUGUCAGGACUUGGAAGCUGUAUUUUUUUUAAUUAUUUAUAAUCUCGCAGUUGUAUCACUUAACAUCAGUCUUGUCAUACCAGUUCAUGUUCCAUGUAUUCAGCAAAGUUUGUGACGGUACUUCGUGGAACAGCACUCCUCCUCCGCUGUAAACCCUCCCAGUUUCUCCUUGAAUGACCUCAGCUCUUCCACUUUCCGUUUUGUCGUUAAGUUUCCACAGUGUUAACUCUCCUGUGGGGAGUAAAACGUCCAAAAAAGUAUCUGCCGAAAGCACCUCCUCAUUCAGACUCACAGACUCAUGAAACUGUUCACUGUUAGAGUUGACACGAUUAGCAGAUGAACUGAUUAGUUCAUCAACAGAACAUUAAUCAACUAUUUUGAUAAUUUAUUCCUUGUUAAGUAAUUUUGGUGGUUCCAACUUCCCAAAUAUGAGAUUUGAGCUUGUUCCUUGCCUUACUUUAUAUUUGGGUUUUGGACUCUUCAAAAGCGAUUGACCUUUAAUGGACCAAUUAAUCCUAAAUGAAAUCCUACUGUGAGCAAACCAGUGAUUGGAAACACAAAUAGAAGGUUUUUUCCAGUUCCUACCUCUACUACUGAGGUUAUUUAUCUUUUAAUCUCUUUACUUUGUUUUAGUGGAAUAGCUUAAAUCUUGUUGCUUUCAAAGUGAGUAAAACAUUUUGGUGCACAUCUGGAUUGUGAUUAUGUAACACCUUAAGAGGAUUGGGCAGAGAUGUGUGUUUUGUGAGUACUCCCAGGCUGGUAGGUGGAUUUUUUUUACAUUUGGACAGAGCCCAGCUAGCAGGUUUACAUGUAUUUAAAGUCUUAAUUUGAAGGGUACGCUAACUUGCCGCUUCGCACUUCUCAUCUAGCUCUCAGAAGCAAAGCAAAUGUGCAUUUUUCUCAAAAGGUCAAAGUAUUCCUUUUGCUAUCUUUUUCUCAGUGUUAUGAAGUGCUGAUUUUUUUUUUUUUUUUUUUUAUGAGUCACACCCAACACCAUGAUAACUGCGAGUUUGACCAGUCCUGUCAUAUGUUGGUUGGGAUCUAGUCUGUAAAGUGCUGCCUCUUAUGAAAACCUUCUCUUGCCUGAGUGCUGCUGUGAUCUUGUCAAGCGCAGGUCUCAAAGACCACCAUUCAGUGGGCUGACAUGCUCAUUGUUUACUAUUUGUUUCAUAUAUAUCGGCAUAUUUAUUUCCCCACCUGUUGUAUUCAUGUCGCAUUUUGAUCCUAAUAAUAUUACUAUGCUACAGUAAAGGGCCAAAUAGUAUGUAUACUCCAGCUUGAUUUACUUAAGAAUGAAGUGAAUGAGAAUGUGUUUACUGUCCAUGUCUAAUAAUGCAAUGUAUGUACUGUGUGAGGUCUUGUCUUAAUGUAAUUAAAUCUGGCAUUUGGCUGAGGAUGCCUCACUUCAUCGGUCAUUUAACCAAAACACUUUAUUUUUGUUGUAUGGGUGAUUUGUCAUUCAUAAAAUAACAUUGACAUUCCUAGAUUAUCAUGUAGAUGGCUGUCAACUGACUCAGCUAACUAUUCCAAUCCAACUAGUCUAGGAGUCUGCUAAUGAGUUCUUAAUCAUAAAGAUAUCACAUGAAGUUGAGCACUUGAUCAGAGACAAAAUGAUAUCCACAGGGAAAUUUUGUUACUGGGAAAAAAGUGAUAUUAAAUGAUAUAAGUAGAAUAUUAAUUGAAUUAGAGACUGCGGAAAUAAUAUCCCGAUAUUAUCUAAUUAUUAUGCAGGCCUGUUUAAGUUCUGUCUAGGUUUAAGGGAUAUUUAACACCCUUAGUUGUAAAGUUCCUCAUACUGACUCUGAACAUGGAGAGAAGACUGGUUUCCAGUACUGGAGACUCAUUCCUCUGAAGAGGGGUGUGUGGUUUUGUGUGUGCAAUGAUUGUUUUGUGUGAAUGAGAUUUCAUGAAUAAACAACAGCUUACCUAAGAAACCAAACAGUGUUGGCAUCUUCAGUGUGUUCAUGCUGACACUUUGGUUCUUUGUCUCAUGAUGAACAAACUGUGAUGAUUAAUUGAUGAACUUCAGAGGAGUUAAAAGUUUUUCCUGCUGUCAAAAAGAGGAACACAUCAGGGUCUGAGUUUCUGAUAAGCUUCAUUUAUAAUUUACUGAGCUAAUUACUGAUGUGAGGAAAUAAUAUGAAGCUGUAAUCACCACUCAUGAGGUUCAUCUGUUUGUUAAAAGUGGACAUGUGAAUCCUGGAAAAACAAAGGGAUUCUAUUGAUCAGUUUGUCCCUGUGAGAAGCUGUUUUUUGUUUGUUUAGACGACAGGAAAAGGACAGAUCACGUGUUAGAUCCUGUUGUGAUUGAAAGUGCAACAUUUCCUCAUAUCACCCCACAGAAACUUCACAGUUGAAUGUGAGACUUGAGGUGAUGUGAAAACAGACGUUACUGAAGUUACCUGAAGAAGUCUUUGAACUGAAUAUUCUUGUUCACUCUCACUUCCUUCCUUUUCUCCGUCUAGUUCUGAUUUACCUCAGGACCACUAAUGUUUCUGCAGACAGAGUGGAGGACAUGAUGUAGCUCUACUCUGCUACUUGACUGAACUCAAUAGCAAAAGCACAUUUAUGACACCAAGAGCAACAGAAGAACCCAAGUGUUACAUGAGGUUGCUGUUCCUGUUAAGAUGAUUUUCACUUCCUCAAAUUUUAGUUAUUUUGAGAAACUGUUCAGUUGUACUGUGGCAAAAACUAUAUGUGAACAGCUAUAGCAGAAGUGUAUCAUAGUUUUCUCACAUCUCUCUGUGAAAAGCAUGGACACUUCUUACUACACUUACCAAAUAAAACACUUCAGGUUUUAUUUUUACUGCUCCGGAGCAUCCGGUUUUCAUUUUCAGCUUCUGUGAGUUGAGGUACAACUAGAUGGUGCACAUUUUAUCAUACGGGAAAACUAAGAGACUGACUAAACAGCCCCCAUCCCCACUCACUCAACCACACAUCACAGGGAUUUUACUGAAAAAGAGGAAAUACGGAGAUCACCAAAUUAUUACUCCUCAUCUUGAGCUUGAUAUCAUAUCAAUGUGUCAUGGGAAUCCAUUCAGUACUUGUGACGCUCACUUAAAACCACUCUCAUGGUGGUGCUGGUGGAAAGGGUCAGGGGGUCACCAAAGUCAUUAGGAUUCACCCCAUAGCUACCAUCACAGUUUGUACCAAUCCAUCACAUGGCUGUUGAGACAUUUCAGUCUGGACCAAAGUGAUGGACCGACCAACAGAUCCACAGAUCAAAAUUACCUUUCUUAAAAAUAUGAACCUGUUCUUUAAUAAAAAAUAAAUAGCAAUUUUAUGAUGACAGAAGCUUUAUAAUUUUUAACCUCUGUCUGUGCUGUUUGAUGGCCGAGUACUUUUCUCUGCAGGGUAUUUAUUGCUGCUUCACUCAGACAAACUCCUUUAUGGCACCAUUUCCUUCAGGAAGAGUAUUGUGUCAUAAGGGCUAUAUAGCAAUAAACACUGCCCUGUUCCACCGUCCAAGUCAUAAUGAGGUCAGGCUGUCAAAAUAAGACAAGUUGCAUUUAUUGUGUUGACUAUAAGAGCCCAGAGGGGCUCCACACAGAUAAUGAAAAGCCUGUGAUAAACUCUACAUUGGAACAACUUUGAAUAACCUGCUUUCAAAGUUUCUGCGUACUGAGUAAAGUUGUAAAACCACACUGCAAUGCAAUUCAACGUUAGAAAGCCUACCCCACACACAAAUUGAAGUCAUUAUCAUCAAAUUAAGAUGAUUAUU